AUGGAAGUGCCAGCCAUCGAACGUGUUUCCAAUGAGAUAUGGAACAGCAUUUUGAAGGAGAUCGACUCCGAUAAUAAUCGGGCGUGCACAGUCGAUGAACGAAGAUUCCUCAGCGUCGAGAGUUUUGACUCUCCUCCCGCGGAGAGCAACGACUCUGUGGACACUAUCUGCAAGUUUAGGAGACUUGGAAGGCGAUUCGCAGAACUUGGUGCACCGUUCCUGUUCAGUCGCAUCACAACGAGAUUCUCGCACAAAGGUCUGGACCGCCUGAAGCAGUUGGCAGAGUGGGAUCAUCUGGCCUGCUAUGUGAGGAAAUUCAGUUACCUAGUGCCAUACUUCUUCGAGGGUGGUCGAGAUCAUGAAUCCAUCGAGACCCGAUUGCGGGGAUCAAGGCUACGCGAAUCGACAGUGCACAUCCUGGAGCAAAAGGCUGUGGCUCAACGAGAGAUUUGCUAUUUUCAGAAGGAUUUUCUUAUCCUCAAAACAGCCAUCGCGAGCUUCACGAGGCUUCAGUUGAUACAACUACUCCGGGUCACUGAUGAAGAGGAUCGCGCACUACUCGGCUUCUUGCAGAGAUUUCCAGGUCACCGGGACUAUGUAAAUCUCGACUGGACGACGGGCUGCUCGCACGCAGCGCGGACCAUUGGCGCUGCUCUGCUGGAGUCAGGCAAUCGAUCGUGGUCUAGAUUUUCCUCGCCAAUGCUGAGUCCCGCAAGCGCACAACUCUUACGCUUAAUGCCUCCGAGUAUACUGACAGCUUUCGCAGAGCGGCUCACUUGUCUGACUCUCCACUUCGACGACAGCGAUGAUCUGGACUCUGACAUGCAUGACCUCCGAGAAUGCUUUCACCUGGUCUUCAGCCGAGCGCAGAAUCUACAGGUGCUGCACCUCGGCUUUCCGUGCCAUCGACCUCUGACGCUUGGUUUGGAAGAUGUUUUCCAAUCUGUGACUUGGAACAAACUACACGCCUUUGGUGUGCAAGCAUGGAUUCUGCAUGCGCAUGAAAUUAUUGCCUUUGUGCGACGACACAAAAAUCUCAAGGGUCUCAGGUUGCGAGAUGUACACCUCCGGGACGGGAGCAUGUGGAAAGACGUCCUCGCUGUCCUAAGAAAUGAGCUACCUCGACUUCAAUGGGUUAGCUUAAGAAGGAUUGGAUAUCUACCCUUUCGGCUCCCUCAAGGCAUCGGAUCUGAGAUCCCAGACGACUUUCUCGCGGGCAGGCUGGACAGCGACGAGGAUGAUCAUGAUGAUCAUGAUGACGACGACGAAGACGAUGAUUCGACAGAUCCUGGUGUUGGCCUACAAUCAGAAGCUAUGACUUUACCCGAUGACGGUGAAAGCGAAUCGCCAUCCGACAAUGAGAAUGACGAUGACGAUGAUGAUGACGACAACAGCCGGCUGGAUUUCCCUGGUCUUGAUGCUGAUGGGGCGAAGUCAACCGUUCAAAGAUGCAAUUGCGACGGCCAGGUGCAUUUGGAAUCUGCGGAAAGCCUAAACGAUGAUGGGAUACAGCCGGACAAUGCUACUCGAAAGAAGUGGGAAAGAUGGGUACUCAAGCGCUGCCUGAUACACGGUUCAUGA